AUGCCUGUCUAUGAACACUUAUUGCCAGUUAAUGGAGCAUGGAGACAAGACGUCACCAAUUGGCUCAGUGAAGACGUUCCCUCUUUUGAUUUUGGUGGUUUCGUUGUUGGUUCCGAUUUGAAGGAGGCCAAUUUGUACUGUAAGCAAGAUGGUAUCCUAUGUGGCGUUCCCUUUGCCCAGGAAGUCUUUAAUCAAUGCGAAUUGCAAGUUGAGUGGUCGUUCAAGGAGGGUUCUUUCUUGGAACCUUCGAAGAAUGACUCCGGCAAGCUUGUUGUUGCCACGGUUACUGGACCUGCCAAAAACCUCCUAUUAGCUGAAAGGACUGCCUUGAAUGUCCUCAGUAGAAGUAGUGGGAUCGCCACAGCCUCACAUAAGAUCGUUAGUUUGGCACGCUCCACCGGUUAUAAGGGAAUUAUUGCGGGGACAAGAAAGACUACACCGGGAUUACGUAGAUUGGAAAAGUAUUCCAUGCUUGUAGGUGGAUGCGACACUCACAGGUACGACCUUUCCUCUAUGGUCAUGCUCAAGGAUAACCACAUUUGGGCCACUGGUUCUAUCACAAAAGCAGUGAAGAAUGCCAGGUCUGUAUGUGGGUUUGCUGUGAAGAUUGAAGUGGAGUGUUUGAGUGAGGAUGAAGCCACGGAGGCCAUUGAGGCUGGUGCAGAUGUCAUCAUGUUGGAUAACUUCCAAGGGGAUGGUCUGAAAAAGUGUGCUCAAAGUUUGAGGACCAAAUGGAACGGAAAAAAGCAUUUCCUCUUGGAGUGCAGUGGUGGCUUGAAGUUGGACAAUCUGGAAGAAUAUUUGUGCGAUGACAUUGACAUUUACAGCACUAGCAGUAUUCAUCAAGGCACAUCCGUAAUCGAUUUUUCAUUGAAACUCGCCCAUUAA